UUUAUCUCUCAUCUUGAUUAGUUCAUGAUUCUUACAUGUGUAUGUGUUAUAUCGUAACUUCACUAGGUAUUUCGAAGGUUAGAAUUUUUCGGAGAAAUUUGUGAUUUUAAAAAAAAACAAAGCGAUGGCACAUAUUCCUUCGGAGCUCAUAUCGCAUCAACAAAAAGUGUGCAGACUAUACAAACGCGCUAUGCGUUGUAUGCAGGAUUGGAUUCAUAAUGUGCACGAUCGCAGAUACGAAGCUGCAUUAUUGCGAGAGCGUUUUGACAAGAAUAAAGACAUAAAAGACUUUCGUUAUGCAAAGCAUCUGCUGGAGGAAGGGGAGAAAGAGCUCUUUUCCAAGCUGCAUUAUCAACCAAUAACAUUCGCCAAUUCGGCCACGGGAUCAGCAUACGGCCGGGAGGCCAAAAUUGAGGACUGGGUCUUGGAUUAUUGGCAUCCUAUAGAGAAGGCUAUGUAUCCCAAAUACUUUGCGCGUCGUGAGCAGAUGAAGGACGAGUAUGAAAAGUGGUACUAUGAGACCUAUCCAGAAGAGAAGAAAAAGCUUGACAGUCACUAGAUUCCAAUGAAUUAUAUGUGUAUUGUAUCAAUGCGAUAAUCACUUGUAGAUAAUAUUGUAAUAUAUAAUGUAUAUUAUUAAAAUACAUAAGUAUCUGCUAUCUGUUCCAUAAUCCUGCAUAUAAAGGAUGUUAAAAAACUAUUCAGCAUUUAUAUGGUAAUAAUACACAUCAUACUGAGUAAAAAAAUUUUAGUAAACAUAGGUUGAAGUCAACCGUUCCCGAGAUAUAAACAUUUUUGACGCCGUACAAUAGAAACAGGUUUAUUAGCAUGACUAUACAAAAAAUGCGUAACUGCCAUUUCUUGUAUAGAAUAAUAUGCUAGCAUUUUAAGCACUGCAUCUUAUACUGUAUAAAUCACCAAAUAUAUAAAUCAACUGUUGA